GGAGGAAGAUUCUGUUGACUUUCCUUCCAUCAUGUCUGUAAAUUAUUUUCAUGAUUUUCAGACAAAACAUAAAAACAAUUUGAUUCAGACAAGAAAAAUAUUUUGACGUUGAUUCGAUCCAUCUUCUUUGAUUUUCACGCGUUUAUGAUCUUCCCCUCCUCCAUUCCCACAUAUAUACCCGUCUCAUCCACAAUUUCAUUCCAAGUAACCAUCCUUUGAUCUUCCCAUUAUCUUGGAAUCACACCUCGUGAAUCUAUACCCAAUUAAGUUCCCUCGAUCUCUCGAGCUACGACCGGGUUUGACUUGAUCCGUCAUUGUUGAAGCCAUGGGUAAUUGUUGCGGGUCGGCGGGAUCGUUAGCCAAGAACGAUAACAACAAGCCCACAAAAGGAAGGAAGAAUCAAAACCCUUUCUCCAUCGACUACGGCCUCCACCACGGCAAUAACGGAGGUGGAAAGGUAAAACCUCUCAAGCUUAUUGUGCUAACGGAUCCAACAGGUCGCGAGAUCUCCCAGAAAUACAAGCUGGGGAGAGAGCUAGGGCGUGGAGAGUUCGGUGUCACGUACCUAUGUACCGACAAAGAGACCGAAGAGGUCUUCGCGUGUAAGUCGAUUCUGAAGAAGAAGCUGAGGACGGCUGUGGAUAUAGAGGAUGUUAGGAGAGAAGUUGAGAUCAUGAGGCAUAUGCCUGAGCAUCCCAAUGUUGUUACUUUGAAGGAGACUUAUGAGGAUGAGCAUGCUGUUCAUUUGGUUAUGGAGCUUUGUGAAGGUGGGGAGUUGUUUGAUAGGAUAGUAGCGAGAGGGCAUUACACUGAGAGAGCUGCUGCUGUUGUGACUAAGACCAUCAUGGAAGUUGUUCAGGUGUGUCAUAAACAUGGGGUAAUGCACAGGGACCUGAAACCUGAGAACUUCUUAUUUGCAAACAAUAAGGAGUCUGCACCUCUUAAGGCCAUUGAUUUUGGUCUCUCUGUUUUCUUUAAACCAGGCGAGAGGUUCAACGAGAUCGUUGGGAGUCCGUACUACAUGGCUCCUGAGGUGCUAAAACGAAACUAUGGGCCAGAGGUUGACAUUUGGAGUGCAGGUGUUAUUCUUUACAUACUCCUCUGUGGUGUCCCUCCUUUCUGGGCAGAAACUGAACAAGGAGUUGCCCUAGCAAUUAUUCGAUCUCAACUGAACUUCAGAAGGGAUCCAUGGCCUAAGGUUUCUGAAAACGCAAAAGACCUUAUCAGGAAAAUGCUUGACCCUGACCAAAAACGUCGUCUCACAGCUCAGCAAGUACUAGAUCAUCCGUGGUUACAGAAUGCAAAGACAGCUCCCAAUGUGUCAUUAGGUGAAACAGUAAGGGCAAGGCUGAAGCAGUUCACCGUCAUGAACAAGCUCAAGAAACGAGCACUCAGGGUUAUUGCUGAGCAUUUAUCAGACGAAGAAGCUUCUGGUCUAAGAGAAGGAUUCCAAAUCAUGGACACAAACCAAAGAGGGAAGAUAAACAUCGAUGAGCUUAAAAUAGGGUUGCAAAAACUUGGCCAUGCUGUUCCCCAAGAUGAUUUACAGAUUCUGAUGGACGCUGGAGAUAUUGAUAAAGAUGGAUACUUGGACUGCGACGAGUUCAUUGCCAUAUCAGUGCAUCUCAGGAAAAUGGGCAAUGAUGAGCAUCUCAAGAAAGCGUUUGCGUUCUUUGAUCAAGACAACAACGGGUAUAUUGAAAUAGAAGAGUUAAGGGAAGCUUUGUCUCAUGAAGUUGGUACAAGUGAAGAGGUUGUUGAAGCCAUUAUCCGCGAUGUUGAUACCGAUAAGGAUGGAAGAAUAAGUUAUGAAGAGUUUGCGACGAUGAUGAAAACAGGAACAGAUUGGAGAAAAGCUUCUAGGCAGUAUUCAAGGGAACGGUUUAAUAGUAUCAGUCAAAAAUUGAUGCAAGAUGCAUCGUUGCAUGUCAAUAGCGAGGCAAUAUGAGAGAGUGUGAAUACUAUGCGACAAUCAUCACUGGAAGAUUGAAUCAAAGGGAUGCAAAUCUUUCUCAUUUUCUUUAUAUUUUUGGGGUUUUAGUUACACCACGAUUUAAGAAUUUUUAGGCAUAUAAUAGUUGUUACGAAUUGUUUCUUUAAGUUUCUGGCUGAAGAGCGAGCGUGCAUGCAUGGAUAAAAGAGAGCUAUCGUGUGGCCUCUGUAGAUAUUUUGUAUAAUUGUAUGGAGUUAGAGAAGAUCAUCAGUUUUUCCUGUGAUA